AUGUACUGGACUACGGCAGUCCGAGUUGCUUGCCCCACGAAUCAGACCAUUCGACCAUCGUCUGUGAUCACCACAUCUCCCUCCGGUCCGCGUCUGGACGUUUUAUCGAUGAGUGCUUCACGCACGGAACAGCACUGUAUGAAUGGUGUUUCCAUCACAUCUGUGGUGCUAACCAAUUUCGGCAACCGGGUUGCCUGGGUCUGGGCUCUUGCAGAAAUACUACCGACGGAUAAUAUUGUCUCGGGAACCGCGGAGCCGAUAGAGUCCUCGAUGACCUCAAAUGCAGCAUCCAUUUCCAUCGAACCGUGUCGAGUUGUUAUUGGUCCGCAGCAUUCGCAGCAAAUUAUCAUCACUCUGCCAUCCAGUGUGAAGUCCUGUCGCGUGGUUUUUCAUUACGGUGACGAGGUUUUGCGACAUCAAGUCCGUCAACAUUAUAUUUUACCUCGAUCACCACAAUCACGGGAAGAUGCAGACGUACCACCCGCUCUACGCAAGGGUCGUCGAAAGAUUCGCGUUGCUGAUUUGAUGCGUACUUUCACGAACGAAGUCCCUUUUCCCAUUGUCGAGGUGCCUUCGGCAUUGAGAAAACCGAUCAGGACAGAGGAUUGGCGUCGCGCUCUCUCUCAACAAUUGAGUCUACGUCAACACUUGGUGCUAAAUGUGUACGCCGUUUCUGAGGGCAUCGCAGUGAUGUCGCAAGAUAUGCACUCUGUUGAUCAGCGAACCAAAACAACUAGACGAUCGGACUCACCCAUUACUCUGGCCAGUAUUCACGUUGAGACAGAAGCGUUUCACUCACAGUCCAAAUCCACUGGAUCUAGUGACACACCUGGCGACGAACUGUCGGAACAUUUACCGAACUUGCAAUAUGAUAAACAUACCGAACGGAAAUCCGUUCAGCCACCCCCGAGUACUAGUGGAUCUGAUCCAGAUCAGGCCAGUGGGAAUCAGCCGCGAACCAUACAGUUGGAACUAAACCCACAAAAAUUACUCGUCUUCCGUAGCUGUCUCCCCUUGGAGAAAAAUACAGGCAAGUUUCCACUAAUCGUUUUCAGUGUUUUCCCCGAUAUUGGUCAUGGCCGCUUCACAUUGUCAAUUAAUGCAGCGACUGGAUGGCCCUCAGACUAUUUGUGCAAGGUAAUGUGGUCCGCCUUUCCUGUCAGCGAUGUGCGCCAACAUGCUCUCCCGGAAGCCGGUAAACCCCGAUCGCCUUCCUACAGUAUUGCCAAGGGUCCCAUUUUCCGAUGUGUGGGGUCAACCGGUGCAUCGACUCAUGCCGACUGUGACGCCCGCUCCAUCCGUGGAUUCGGCGUUAUACCUUUGUUUAAGACAAAAGAGCACCACAAACCUAACGACUUACAGUUGCCCUUUGUUUUCUGUCCUCAUGAGGCUCGCAGUGUCUACACUCAGGACUGGUGCAUAACCGUCUGGACUCAGCCAAUUUCGGCCACUCGUCUAAGCGGUGAAAUAACACAGUCUCGCAGUUCUGUGGACUCGACGGACCGUGCCACCUCGCAGUUUGUUCUCCCAAUCACUUUGGAGGGGCAGUCACUCGGGUCUAACGUACAUUCCACUGCCGCGAUGGAGCCAAAUCACUUAUCCAAUGUGGCCACUGUUCGUUCACCGCCUUCUACCGUAUCCCGCACGGGCCAGCUUAUUACGGUUCACAACGGUGCUACCCGAAUUAGUCGUUCAGGUCGUGUCAUGGAACUUGGGCCGCUCAGAAUUUCUGGAUUGCCUGUUCAUUUUAAGCCUAUACCCGGCUGUAGUGACUCGCCUCAUCGUUCCCAUGAGGCGAUUGUCAUUCGCUUACUGUACUCAAGUGGUUCGGCUGCUUUGGCCUAG